AUGGCUUGCUCUAGUAAACUCACGUUUGAUCCAUACGAGAUCUUGGGACUUAAAUCUUCUUGUUCUGAUGGCGAGAUUGACAAAGCCUAUAAGAAGUCAGCUUUAAAAUGGCAUCCGGAUAAAGCUAUGAGAAAUGGGAUAUCUAAAGAAGAAAGUGAGAAGAAGUUCGGCCAGAUCUAUCAAGCUUACCAGUUCCUGAAGGACGAAGGUCAGAGAGUGGCGUACGAUGAAGAAAUAGCCAACAAGAAAAGGCGGAUGGAGUAUGAAGAUCAGAGGAGGUCUGUCAACUCAGCUCGUCGGCAGAACUUUGAGGACAAACUCAGGGAAAGAGAAGAAGCAUUUGAAAAUAGGAAGAGGAAGAAUCCUCAGACUAAAACAACAUUUAAUUUGGAUAAGGAAUUGGAACGGUUAAAGAAGGAAGGAGCGGCUUACUUGGCUAAGAUGGCUGAAGAAGAACGGAAAAGAGAAGAUGAAGCUCGGCAGAAAGCGAAGGUUACUGUAAUAGAGAAGAACGAGGACCAAUCGAUAUACAACAUGAAUGCCUCCAAGUUGAAAGAUUUGGAGGAUGAUAUACUCGAUGGCUUGUAA